AUGCAGCCAGAGCAUCGCGAGACGGAGGUGAAGCCGGACCGUCUCUCAUGGCCGGCGUCGAGGCCACGAACGCCCAGGGACGUCGCUGAAAGUCGCAUAAGGGAAUUGGCUGGUUUACCGGAUCGGAGGCUGGCGUUUGAUGAUUUUGAGCUCGUCAAGACAUUGGGGACUGGUACUUUUGCGCGCGUCUGGCUCGUCAGACUCAAGGCGACCAAGGAGCCCAACAGCAAUGUCUUCGCCCUGAAGGUCCUUCGGAAAGCUGAAGUUAUCAAGCUGAAACAGGUCGAACACGUAAGAAACGAGAGCAAGUGCUUGUCAAAGGUUGCCGGGCAUCCUUUCAUAACAACCCUGGUUACGACCUUUUCAGACGAACUCUGCCUUUACAUGCUGCUUGAAUAUUGCCCUGGUGGUGAAAUAUUUACCUUUCUCCGUCGAUCGCGCAGAUUCAAUGAAUAUACAUCCAAGUUCUAUGCAGCUGAAAUAACGCUAGUAAUCGGGCACCUGCAUGACAUGCAUGGAAUCUCCUAUCGCGAUCUCAAACCCGAAAACAUCCUUCUUGAUCAAGACGGCCACCUCAAACUAGUUGACUUUGGUUUCGCCAAACAACAGUAUAACUUAGAGACAUAUACCCUCUGUGGCACGCCAGAAUACCUUGCUCCAGAAGUUAUACAUAACAGCGGCCACGGCCUUGCCGUCGACUGGUGGGCGCUGGGUAUCCUAAUUUACGAAUUUCUCGUCGGCCAGCCACCCUUCUGGGACUCAAACCCAAUGGGCAUAUAUGAAAAGAUUGUUGAAGGGAGAAUCCGGUUCCCUGCAAAUAUGGCAGCUCCCGCUAAAGAUAUAAUUAGCUCGUUGUGUAAAGUGAACCCGUCGGAGCGACUGGGACAUAUAUCCGGAGGAAGCCAGCGGGUUCGGGACCACCCGUUCUUCGAAGGGAUCAAUUGGGAUGACCUGUAUCAUAAACGGAUGAAGGGCCCCAUUGUACCGGAGGUAGGUCAUCCGGCAGACACGACCAAUUUCGAAGAGUAUCCCGAACCUCCUGACCCAGCCACUCAAGCUGUUUAUACCGAUGAGAUGAAGGAGAAGUACGAAGAACUAUUUCAGGACUUUUGA